UUAUUCAGGCACGCGCAUCCAAUCAAAAGGCACAAACUUUUUUCAACAUCUCUGCAAAAAGUCUUGACUUGAGAGUUCGGUUCAGAGUAGUAUUGUUUCUUCUUUAAUGGCUGGUUAGCAGUGAGCUAGAGAACCAAACUUCCUUGCUUUCCUGGGAUUCCUGAGCCUGCUCAGAGUUUUUGGUGAAAGGUGAACUUGCUUGGCUUAUUCAUGGACUCCUGCAAACCCCUUCCCCAAACAUUCAAUUCUUUUGCCGCCAUGGCUGGAACUAACAAGCUCAGAAAUGAUUCCUUCAUCAGCAGUUCUGAAAAACCGAGCUCCAUUGCCGAAGUUCUUACGGAUGGAUUCAUCGGCUCUCUUGAAAUAUUUGUUCACCAAGCAAGAGACAUCCACAACAUUUGCAUCUACCAAAACCAGGAUGUUUAUGCCAAGCUUUGCCUCACCAGUGACCCAGAAUCCUCAGUCUCCACCAAGACUAUCACUGGAGGUGGAAGGUUUCCAGUCUUCAAUGAGAACCUUAAGCUCAAUGUUCGAACCGUCGAUACCUCACUCAAAUGUGAGAUAUGGAUGCUCAGUAGGGUUAAGAAUUAUCUUGAAGACCAGCUACUUGGCUUUGCCCUUGUUCCUCUUUCUCAAAUUGUCAUGAACAAUGGUAAACUGGAAAAGGAAUUCUCCCUUUCCUCCACAGAUCUCUUCCAUUCUCCUGCCGGCUUUGUGUCGCUGACGAUAUCUUAUUCUGGUUCAACUCCAGAGCUUAUGGCGAUUGUAUCUAAUGUUGGACAUGCUGUGUUACCUGAUGCAGCAAAUGAUAACUCAAUCUCUUCUGAAUAUGUCAAUAUAGAGUUCCCUGACUUGAAGAUUGUAUCUGAAAACAAGAUGAUGAUUUCAGAAUACUUUGGGAUUUCAUGCCCCAAUACAGAGUCUCAAAACGGCGAAUGUCGUGUUGAUUGCCCUGAUAAUGAUGCCCAAGAAAGGAAUGUUCAGAUUUUCUCGACCGACAAUAGCUGUAUCGCCAUUGGAGUUGCGGAUAAGGAUUCUCCUUUAAGUAGUGGUUCAGCUGAUGUGCCUACUGUGACAAAUGCAGCUAAUUCUCAGGUUGUUUCAGAACCAUCAGGCACUACUGAAUCUCCAACUGAGAAAAACAAAACCAGUGAAGUUGCAGAUGGUGAUACCAGUUCCCCUGAUGCAGCAGAAAAGCCAUAUGUUCUUCCUCUGAUCAAGAUCAAUCUUGAGCCCGAGCAACCAGUGAUACAACAGGAGAUAGUCGACAUGUACAUGAAAAGCAUGCAGCAAUUUACAGAGUCAUUAGCUAAGAUGAAGCUUCCUAUGGAUAUAGAGAAUAACAAUGGCGGUGGUGAAGCCGGUAAUGACAAUGAUCCUGCUUCUGACAAGAAACCACAGGCUUCAGAGAAGACAAGUACUCCCAGGGUUUUCUAUGGGAGCAGAGCUUUCUUCUAAUUACUGGAUCUUCUCUGAUGAGAUUUCAGAUUUCUAUUAGGUACUAGUUGAACUUGUUAUGAACAUCAUGCAGAAAUCUAUGCACUUUUUUUGCAUGUUGAGUAGGUUAUGAGAAAGUAAGCUGAGCAUUAGCUCCUUCUACUAUCAUGUAUCACUUGUUUCAUGAACUGUUUACUUUUAACCAUGAUAUGAAUGCCAUUUGCAAUCAGUUGUUUAACA